AUGCGCCCACUCGAGCUGGAUCGAAAGCAAACGUUCAUCUCAUGGGAAGUCCAAGAAAAAGGCGACCAGCAACCCUCUCUUUUUUCAAAAAUCGAACAAUUCGUCCAAUCCAAUCUCAACCCUCCUAGCAAAUACGAUACCACAUUAGCUCUCGAAGCAUGUUACCCAGCACAAGACCGAAAAUUUCUCAGACAUUUGGCCGCCAAAUUGAAUAUGUUUAUUUCCUUUGACGAGUUUAACGAGAACGAUGAACCAUUGAUCAACUUAGUGUUUGAUCCGGACCAAUCGACACCAGAGGAUCCGGCCAUCAAUGCCGUCCAGGACAUUCUAGAAGAGUUCCAACUCGGGCAACCGAUCAAACCUGAGACAGACUUCUCAAGGCUAUGA